GCAUGAAGUCGACACACCUUUAUUGAGACGCGGUACCGUCGCGGUGCAUUAUGGUCUGUUGGAGGAGUGAAGGGUCAGAUUGACUGAUCAUGGCCGCUGUGUGUUUCUCCUUGAGCCGCUGCAGUGUUGCUGCUGUCCGUCCUGUCGCCGCUGUGACGGCGGUAAGGUUUGCACAGACAGCAGCAGCACCUGAUACUCAGCCCAGAAUCAAGAAGUUUCAGAUCUACCGAUGGGAUCCAGACAAGACUGGAGAUAAACCUCACAUGCAGACCUAUGAGAUUGACCUCAACACGUGUGGGCCGAUGGUUCUAGAUGCUCUGAUCAAGAUCAAGAAUGAGAUGGACCCCACACUGACUUUCAGACGCUCCUGCAGAGAGGGCAUCUGUGGCUCUUGUGCCAUGAAUAUUAAUGGUGGAAACACUUUAGCGUGUCUGAACAAAAUCGAUACUAACACCAGCAAAGUGUCAAAGAUUUACCCCCUGCCCCAUAUGUAUGUGGUGAAAGAUCUUGUGCCCGACAUGAGCAACUUCUACGCUCAGUAUAAAUCUAUUGAGCCGUACUUGAAGAAGAAGGACGAGUCCAAACAGGGUCAGCAGUAUCUGCAGAGCAUGGAGGACCGGGAGAAACUGGAUGGUCUGUAUGAAUGUAUCUUGUGUGCCUGCUGCAGUACCAGCUGUCCCAGUUACUGGUGGAACGGAGACAAGUAUUUGGGUCCGGCUGUUCUCAUGCAGGCGUAUCGCUGGAUGAUCGACUCUCGUGAUGAUUAUACUGAAGAGAGACUCGCCAAACUACAGGAUCCAUUUUCACUGUACCGCUGUCACACCAUCAUGAACUGUACCAAGACCUGCCCAAAGGGUUUGAAUCCAGGCAAAGCCAUCGCUCAGAUCAAGAAGAUGAUGGCCACGUACCAGGAAAAGAAAACCGCUUCAGCAUAAAUCUAAUACUUAAAAUGAAGGAGUACAAUAACACACACGACUCUAAACAUCACACAAUCAACAAACAGUGAUACAAACUCACAUUAUUAUAUAUAGAGCGAGACAAAGUGACACUUAUAUAACAUGAUGUGUGUGUGUGAGAGACUGGGAGUGAUGUGUAUAAAUGUUUUUCAUCAGUUUAUCACUUGAUUCAUCUGUGUAAUUUUGCUUUAUAUGAAAUAAAUCCAUGCUUGUAUCUCAA